GCGUUUUGAAGCGUCAUGGCGUCCUACACAGCUUCUGCAGCCGUCAGGUCCUCUGUAAUGUUUUUGUUAACAAAACGAGCUCAGACUGUUAAGAAAAUCUGCAUUCUGUCACGGAGUUGCACCGCAGAAAGUUCUAGCUGUUGGAGCUCAUCCCGUUCAUCCUCCUCGGACUCUCCUGCUGCAGAUAUUUGUGGCUCCGGUGACAUUGUGGUUCAGUUUGAGCGGCUUGUGCAAAGUGGCUCCCUGACGCGAGACACUCAGCAGAGAUAUGUUCUCCAGCGGCUGGCUCUACUGCAGCAAAGCCUGAAGAACUACACUGACAGCCUGUACCUGAACCCAACACAGCAGUCUAAAGAUCACAGCAGGCAGCCUCAGAAAGAUGGUGCUACAACAGUCCAAACGGAAACCCAUUCACAAGCCUCACCACCACCACCGCCUAAAGGUCUCUAUAUAUAUGGAGAUGUUGGCACAGGGAAGACUAUGCUGAUGGAUCUGUUUUACUCCCAUGUGGAAAACAGUCGCAAAAAGAGGAUCCACUUCAACAGCUUCAUGUUGGAUAUACAUAAAAGGAUCCACCACAGGAAACAAAGCCUGCCGAAACGAAGGCUAGGGAAAAUGUUCACCUAUGACCCCAUAUCCCCGGUUGCCAUGGAGAUCAGCAGUGAGAUCUGCCUGUUGUGUUUUGAUGAGUUUCAGGUGAACGAUGUCGCUGAUGCCAUGAUCCUGAAGCAGCUGUUUGAGACGCUGUUCAAAACUGGAGUGGUGGUGGUGGCCACUUCUAACAGAUCCCCUAACGAUCUGUACAAAAACGGACUUCAGAGAGACACCUUCCUACCUUUCAUCGACAUGCUAAAGGAACACUGCCACACUGUCUGUCUGGACUCUGGGAUUGAUUACAGGAGGCUGGACAGGCCUGCAGCCGGAAAACUCUACUACCUCACAGGGGAGCCUAGAGGAGAGGCUUACCUGGAUGCACUGUUUGAGGAGCUGGCAUUAAGACAAAAGACUGUUACAGGUCCCCAUUUGCUCACUGUGCUAGGCAGAGAUGUGACACUAGAGAAGACCUGUGGCUCCAUCGCUGAUUGUACUUUCCAUGAGUUGUGUGGUAAACCAAUGGGUGCCAGUGAUUACCUGGAGAUAGCACAAACUUUUGACACAGUAUUCAUCCGCCAUGUUCCCAUACUGACGCUGACUCUGAAAGACCAGGCCAGGCGCUUCACUACCCUCAUAGAUAUCUUCUAUGACCGCAAGGUGAGAGUGGUGCUUCUGGCGGCGGCUCCAUUAGACCGGCUCUUCGUCCAUACUGGAGGAGAAGAUGAGAGAGAUCGACAGCUGCUAGAUGACCUGGGCCUCACUGACGAGGCAGCAGUGAGGCUCACUCUGUUCACAGCUGAGGAGGAGAUCUUUGCCUUCCAAAGGACCGUCUCUCGGCUCAGGGAGAUGCAAACUGAGACUUACUGGGUGGAGGGAGGUCGCCGUUACAGAAGUAGACACCUGAACAGCUAACCUCUCUAGCUGAUAGCUUUGAAAAAAAAACUACCUCCAAAUAGCAAAAUGCUUCGCUAACCAGCCUCACUUCUCAAAGAAAAAAUAUUUCUUAAUUCAGGCAACCGAAUAAAAAUGUUUUAAAGUACUGGUGUCCAAAGUCAGUCCUCAAGGGCUGAUGUCCUACAUAUUUUAGAUGUUCUCCCUGGUUCAGCACACCUAAAUCAAAUAAAGAGGCAAAUUAGCAGGUCGUGCAGGAGUUGAUGUCAUGUUGAGGAGGUAAUUCAGUCAUUUAAAUCAGCUACAGUGUGUGGAAGCAGGGACGCAACUAAAACAUGCAGGGCACUGGUCCUGUUGUAAAGUAAAUGGCACUUUGCUCCAAAACAGUGUAACAAAACCAAACUGUUUUCCCAUUUCAUCUGAUGUCUCCUCAUGUUUCAUGUGAGUUGAAUAUGUCCUGUAAGGACUGCUCUCUCCCCCUCGUGGACUGGUGAUUUAAAAGAUUGACAGCUUUUAGGGAGUGUAUACCACAGUGAGAAGGGGACAAAACAUCCUCCCUCUGCAGGUGGUUAGUGUCCUCUAGUGGUUGAAUGUUAAAAUAUUUUGAACUAGGUCUUUUAAAUCUGAUUGAAUCAGAUUUUUGCUUAAGAUAAUAAACUUUACCUUCUUAUGUAAUGAGGCGAUUAAAUAGAGAGGCCUGUCGAAGUAUUCAUGCACCGUGAAGAUUCUUCACAUUUUGUCACAUUACAACCACAGAGUUCAUGGUAUUUUCUUAGUAUUGUAUGUGAUGGAUGAACAAAGUAGUGCAGGAUAGUGAAGUAAAAGAGAAAUAAAGCAUAGUUUUCAACAAUUUAUUUCACAAGCAAAAAACUGAAAAACAUGAGAACCACUGACAACCACUGUUUGUAGAACCACUAUUUACUGCAGCAACAACUGAGUUUUAGUCACAUAUCUUGCAUACCUAGCGACUCAAUCUUUGCCUUGUAUUUUUGCAAAAUCACUUAAACUCACUCAGGUGAGACAGAAAGAGUCUGUGGACAUCCAUUUUUGAAGAAUUUACACAGUUUCUCAAUUGGAUAAAAAUCUGGACUUUGACUGAGCUUUUUUAACUGGGUUUCUUCCAGGAUUGUUCAGUAUUUAGCUGGGCCCAUAAAUGCUCUCUUUAAAGCUGAUUUUUCACUCGAAAGAAUUUGCAAAGGUGAAGUCAUAUGCUUUCUUGUAGUCCUACAGCGCUUUGAUCAUUUUGACUUGUUAGGGACCGCAUACAAAUGCAGGCCACACAUUUCAGAUUUUUAUUUAGAAAAACAAUUAAACCUAUAUAUAAUUUUUCCUUCCACUUAUGCUCUACUUUGUAUUUGUCUAUCACAUAUACCCCAGUAAAAUAAAUUGAAGUUUGUGGUUGUUAUAUUAGAAAAUAAAAAAAAAGGUUCAAUAGGGUUUGACACUGUAUUUAAGGUAAAGAAUCUGAACUUAGUGGUUUUAAUUGAACUUAUCAGAAUGAAUGCACCUACACCUUAUAUUGCUGUACCAACAAUGCACGUUGCUACAGUUGGAAGUGUUGGUUUUACUUGAAUUAUUCAUGAAAUGCCAAAUACUAACUGCAAACUCCAAAGCUUUUAAACAAGCUGCAGAACCAAAUCUAAAUCUAACUACAGAAAUGUGUUAAUAUAUUUGUACAAGGAAAAAUAUUAUCAUUUGAUUCAUAUUUUAUAACCUGUUACUUUUAUUGAGACUGUGCAAGACUAGACACACAACAAGACAGACAGCAAUACGUCUUUUAACUUCUAAGAUCAGUUUGGAUUUGUUGUAAACAGACAUCGUAGAAGGAAGUUAGAGUACUGGGAGAGAUCCUAGACAGGUUAACCCAACAGAAAGACCAAUAUCUCAAUGUGGUUAACCCUUUGUUACCAUUUAUAAUAGCUUUAUUAUUUCAAAUAAUUCAAAAAUGAAUUAAUGCCAAACUGUAUUUUAUCCACCACAUUUUAAUUUUUAUAUUUAAUUGUUACUCUAUUUUCAUAUAAAAAAAUAUUGUUUUGAUUAACGAUACCAUAAAUGUCCAAUAUUUGCGAAUGAAAAAUAAAAAAAACUUGUUCUCUG